CAAAGAUGGAGAUGCACACUCACCAGGCUUCAGUGAGUCUCUGAAGAUCUCAAUCAGAAUGGCACCUGUUUUGGACAAUAUACGAAGCAACAACAUAAUGCCCUCCUUUGAUGGUUUCUUCUCGGAGAAGAUGCAGAAGACCUUGUUCGCACCCCUCAGAGUCAAUCUCCAUGGGUACAAAGGAGUUGAGGUCAAGGGACAUGUCGAUAGGGUCGUCGCAAUAGCUCUGCGUCAAGAUAUUGCAAAAGAUCCAUACUCUGAUCCUGCAGCGGUCAUGACCCAGUACAUAGUCGCAAAAGAGGAAGGAACUCGUCUAUUCCAAGAGGGUCAAGUUGAACUUGGAUGUUUGAAAUGGCAAGAUGCCACAGUCGAGAUCGACAUGUUGAUCGUCUCAAGCUCUUGGCCUGAUCUGGUUCGUCAAGGGAAAGAGGAGUUCGUUUCGCAGCUUGCCCAGGUCUAUUUCAUUAUGCGUCUCAACAUCAUCCACGUCCAGCUUUCCAAUUGGUCGGAGAGUUCCUUCGUCGCUGAGGUACUGGCUGAUGACUCGCUGAAUUGUGCCUUCAAGUCGCUUAAGCAAGACUACUGGGUGAAGGGAUAUAAGCACAUCGUGUCUGCUACACAUAGGGCAGAACUGCUGUUUCGGUAUGCGACCUUUCUGAGGUUGCAAGCGGACCCUGGGAACAAAGAACGUGCCCUCAAAUUCAUCAACCUUGCUCUGCAGAGGCAACCUGGAGAUCCGGGUAUUUUGAGAGAGAAGGACACGAUCCUUGAGUGGAUGAGGCAAUUGUGACGUGAUUUGAGAUGAUCAGCAAUGAUAUGGGUAUGGCAGUGUCAACUUAGCUCGCAUUCCCGAUAGCAGCGGUGUGCUUUGGGGCAUUGAAGUUGAUGAAGCCAUGUUGCCACACAGCUGAUGAUGUUCGUUCUAGUGAAGAUAUGUAAAAAGUAGAGUGCGUUAAUCCUAGGUUCAACUAGUAUGUUGGGGCAGUGUCAUUCGGUAAGCGCCAAGACCACUAGUAGUAUGCGCUUUCCCUUCUCAGCAGUCAACAUGUUACAAAAUUUG